AUGCAGCGCACCCACCAACGCCCGACUCCAGCCUCGCACUCGUCGCGCACCCUCACCCUCUCGGACGCCCCUCCCUCCUCCUCCUCGUCUGACCCUCACCCGGGCCCCUCCAACCCGCUCCCGACACUCCGCCUGCGCGGCAGGGCCGACCCAUCUGCUCGUGCCGUCACUUGGUCCGACAACACGGUCGACAACGAGGGCCUCGGCCGCAAGAAAUCAAAGAUCUGCUGCAUCUACCACAAGCCCAAACCGUUCGACGAGUCGUCGGACGAGAGCGACUCGUCGUCCUCGGGUGAGAGCGACGCCGACUCGGACGGCUCGCGCGACAGCCGCGACGGCGCCGCACCGCGACGCAGGGCGCAGCGCCGGCACCGCCACCACCACCACCACCACCACCACCACGACCACGACGGCGAGGGCGACGGCGACGAGUGCGGCCAUGCGCACGGCGAGCAGGGCGCCGCACGGCGCGAGCCAGCGGCGGCGGCGGCGACGUCGACGACAACGCACGACGAGGCGCCGAGGCCAGUCCCGAACGCGUACGAGCGGGCGCCGGGCGGCGCAGCAGGAGCGAGCGGCAAAGGCAAAGGUGCGUCGAGCGUUUCACCCGUCUCGAGCGCCUAGUCGGACCUGUCGGGCUCACUCUCUCGAGGGCUGCGCCGAUGCACAGGCAAAGCGACAUGACCCCGCCUGCCUCUUCCCUUCCCUUCCCCUCGUCUCGAAGUCCACAUCACCUGGCCCCUUGCCUGCCCUCUUCAUCCUCGUCCUCGUCACGAACCACCUUCUCAGUCCUCCUUGUUGUCGCCUUUCCUCCCCCUCGCAGUCGCUCUCUCUCUCUGUGCAAC